AUGGACUCCAACAUCGUGCAGAUAAUAGAGGGAUUCAUGGGAAGUGCGUUGGUGCGAUGGGUGCAGCUAUGUGGGGAGAUGCAGGAGAGAGGGGCGAGCCCUGAGUACAUGGAGGUGAACUCCCUGAAGGCCAUCGACCGCUACCUAAAACUUACUGAUGGGAUUUUCCUCAAUGAGGCCAUGAGGCUCAUAGAUCCAAACCCAAAAGUAGAGCAGUUGUAUGAUAUGGGUGAAGGAGAUGACCACAUGCUGAGAGUCCAGAACUUUUCCAUUCUAAAUCAACACAUCAGGUCCUUCUACCAGGAAAAUCUUCAGCAGCUGAUACUGAUGCCUCUCCCAAAUGUUGCCAUUUUGGGACAGGACCCCCUUACAGAGGCUGCUGUGGAAGAGCUCAGACAUCUGUUGCUGCUCUUAUUGGGAUGUGCUGUGCAGUGUGAGAACAAAGAAAUAUUUAUUCAGCAGAUUCAAUCCCUCGACAAUGAAACUCAGGCCACCAUUGCCAGCUGCAUUCAAGAGGUGACUCAGGACCCACACAUGGUGUUGCCGCUGCAGUGGGAGCUUUUGGAGGCAGAUCAUUUGGAUCUGGUGCCUGUGUUCAACUCUAUGGCCAAGCACAUCCAAAGCCUCUUGGCACAAAAAGACAUGCAUCUCGAGAGGAUUGCAGAGCUUUGUCAGGAGGCCCAGACAAACCCGAGCACAGCACAUCCUGGUGGUCACAGUGAGGAGCCGCCCCACAGUCUGGCUCUCCAGCUGGCUGACAGCAAGGCGAAGCUCCGACGCCUCAAACAACAACUAGAAGACAAAGGAGAUCAGAUUUUGGAUUAUAAACAAGAGAUUCAAACUAUGGAUGAACAGCUUAAGAGACUACAGAAAGAGAAGCGGUCAUUGCAGGCGGAGGUCAGGGGAGUGCGGACGCUCCGAGAUGAGCUGGACUGCAGUCGGGAGCGAGCGGUCCGAGCAGAGCACCUGCAGGCUGAGCUCCAGAGCUGUAAACACAAGCUGCGCGGACUGGAGAUCAUGCGCACUCAGCUGAAGGAGCAACAGCAGCUCUGUGCCGCACUCCAGGAAACCAAAGCUCUCCUUGAAGAACAGUUGUGUGAUGCCCGGGCGCGCUGCUCCUCCAUCAGAGAGCUGGAGAAAGAAAAUCUUCUACUGCGACACAAAAUUACAGACAUCGAAGUUGAGCGAGACACAGAGAGGCAGCGCGUUGAUGAGUUGUUGGAAAUGAACAUAAGCCUUGAGGCCGACCUGAGGCAAUGCAGUGACAGGGUGACGGCCACUGACAGCACAAUCCGCCAGAAUUUAUCCCAACUGGAGCCCAACUCAGAUGAAGACCUGUGGAAAGUGAUAGAUCCGAUGCCGCUGAGCGUGGAGCUGGGGGAAGCUUCCACACUGAGGCUGCUGGGAGCGGAACAGGAGAAUGCAGAGCUGAGGAGGCGUUUGGAGGACUUACAAAUGCAACAAGAGGUCACGCUGCAAGAAGCCAAAGAUGAGCUGGAGAUCAAGUAUCAGAAAACUCUGAAGGAGUUACAAAACCUGAAGAAUGACAAUGCUAAGCUCAAGCAAGAACUAGUUAAGACAGUUUCAUAUGCAGAAGAAAACAAGAAAAAAACAAAUGACAAAACUGGGGUCCAGAGCGUAGAGUGUUUUCGGAGUGAAGGCGUAGGGCAGGGAAGGACCACAGAAGAACAAACAACAGAAGCAACCUGCCUCCAAAGACAAGCUGGAGUUGGUGAAGACUUUUUGGAGAGAAUUAUGGAUCAACAAAGUGAGCAUCUACAAAGGGGUGAGGCAGAGGGAGGCCAGAAGGAGAGCAGGGCAGCAAAUUCAUCCACAGAUACUCAGCCGACUGUAUCCAAAGAGUCAGUGGGCUUCCUCCCUGCUCCCGAAUUGGAGAGUCUGAGUCACCAGCUCCGGGAGGCUCAAGACGAGGCAGAGAAGCAAGCCAAUGCUACCCAGGACCUGCACUCUAAACUGGGGGAACAAAGCCGGAAAACCUGGGAAGCAGAGCAAAGACUGAUUCUCCUUGAAGCUGAACUACAGCGGCUAAAGAAAGCAGCAGAAAGCCUGGGAGAAGCCCGGAAGCACAUAGAGGUGCUGCACUCGGAAAAUCUGGUUUUGGAGGAGGAGCUGUGUCGCCUAAGAAGUCAAGUGGAGCUGCACAGGAUGCAGACCACAGUCAUCGCAACUCUUGAGGGGGAGCGUGUGGCUCUGGAGAGGGACAGAGACGCACUGCGCUGCACCGUGGAUGUCCUGCGCAGCAACCAGCGCAAGACUGACCAGUUGGAGCUCUCCAUCCAGAGCCUGCGUUGUGAGCUGGAGAGUCAGGGCCGCAGUCUGGAGACCUGCCACCGGAGGGAGGAGGAGAUGAAGGCGGAGCUGCUUGAUGCCACUGCAGAGACAGAAGCACUGAGCAAAGCCCGGGACCAGGCGCUGCUGGAGGCCUCGCGGCUGGAGCAAGAGAAGGACACGUUUCAGACGGAGCUCCACACCCUGCACAAAGACAGCAGGCAGAAGGACAGGGACCUGACCAGGCUACGACAACAGCUGGAGAGCACCACACUGGCCCUGGAGGGCAGCCACCAAAGGACUCGCGCUGUGGAGACAGAGAAUAAGUGUUUGUGCCGUGAGCUGGGUGAAUCGCAGCAGCUCUGUGCUCGGCUCCAGGACUCUGAGAAGGAGCUGAUGGUCCGUCUGAGCAGCUCUGAAGCGGAGAGGCAGCAGCUGCAGGACGACUGCGCACAGGCACAGGCCCAGAUCAGCGCGCUGUCCCAGGACAUGGCGAAAGAGCAGAUGCGUUGUAUUACUCUUUCCACUGAAGUUGAGCAUUUGAACCACAAAAUUCGAAAUGCUGAGAUGGGCCUGAAAAUGUCAAAAGAGGCACUCAACCAAUCACAGCAGAGAAUAGGUCCUGACGUGAGCAAUGAGACAGAAGAAGCUCUCCGGGAGAAAACAACCAUCAGUCAACUGGAGCGAGAGAAAGCAGUGGCAGGUCAGGAGGCCUUGUUGUCUCGGCUGUCUCAGUCUCAGGAGGACAGCGAGCACCUGAAGGAGGAGCUGGAGGCUCUGCGUCGACACUCGCUCAGUCUGCAGGACUCUUGCACCAGAUUACAGGGUCUCAACACACAGCUGCAGAUUGAACAAGCCUCAUUGCAUUCCCAGCAUGCAGCAGCCCUGGCACAGUGCAGCGAGGUGAAGGCCCAGUGUGCAGCGCUGGAGGCUGAGGCAAAGGUUUGGGCGCGAGAGCGCGAGGACUCACAGACUCGAGCGGCAGCCAUGAGACAUGACCAGGAGCGGCUCACGGCUCUGCAGCAGCGUCAGGAGCAGGAGAUGGACGAGCUGCUGGACAAACACUCACAGCUGCGCACCACUUACCGCAGCCUGGAGGCCCAGCACCGGGAACUAGGGCUCAAGUACCAAGAACUUCUUCAAGGAAAAGUUCAGCUUGAGGACAGAGAACGGGAAGUGGAGCUUUUGCGAGUAGAACUGGAAAGAGGAGCCCAAAACCAUAUUGAGACACAACGUGAGCUGGAGAGACUGAGAGAAGACAGUGAGAGGCUGCAGGCCCAACAGAAGGAGUGGCUGGCGUUGCAGGCCGAGCUUCUGGCCCAGGGCUCAGUGCUGAGGGGGGAAUUGAGCACCUCCCAGCUGGAAAAGACACGACUGGAGGGAGAUCUGAGCUCCCUUAGGGAAAGGCACCAAAGCCUGGACAUUAGCUACGCCAGGCUAACCAGCCAGUUCCAGCUGUUGACUCAGUUGAAAAGUAACAUGGAGGAGGAGAACCGGCACCUGGCCCAGCAGAACCAGAGUCUUCUGAAGGAGAACAGAGGUUUACUGGAGCAGAGUCUGGAGCGGCGCGACCAGCACCACUCAGAGCAGAAGGAAUACCAAGAGAAGCUCAGUGAGCUCCGGAGAGAGAAGCAGAAGUUGGUGGAGAAGAUAAUGGACCAGUAUCGAGUCCUUGAGCCCAGCAUGCUGCCGCCGAGCAAUAAAGCCAAGAAAUCUAACUGGAUUGCAGACAGGAUGAAGAAGCUAAUCAAACCCCGGGGAGGAGCAGGGAGGGAUGGCCGCGCCCUCUUCACCGCUGCAGGCAGCGUGGAGAACCUGGCCGACAGCGCUGAAUUUACAUGUGACUCACAAACAGCUCGGUCCACAGCAGACCCGUGCAGUGCCCCCGUGUCUCCGUCUCCACAGAGGAAGACCUCGUCUGCAGCAGAUGCUGAUGCACCACUCCCAGGUCCAGCAGUGGUGCGUUCGGGCUCUGGGGGGCGCCGUAAACUGGGCUCUCGUCAUGGCUGGGGCUUGGGUUUGGGGCGGGGAUCUGUCUCACAAUCAUUUAGUCCUGGAGACAAGAUCCCACCCCGCCUCCGUAUGGGCUCCAGCCCACGCUCUUCACGAGUGCUGUGGGAGGGAGGCGGCACUCCCCCCAUCACUGACUCACCCCUGAGCUGCCAGGACCCAACGGAGGGAGGCCAGGAGGAGGCCAGAGAGAGGAGCCAAUCAGAAAAUAUAUAA